AUGUCGGGGAAAGGUGGUGAAGGUGCCGAUGUUGCGUUCGACUGUGCGGGUGCACAGAAGGGCAUGGAUGCAGCCUUGGAUGCUUUGAGGUAUCGCGGGCUUUACAUGAAUGUCGCAGGGUGGUCUACAACAAUGGUCGUCCCCUACAUUCAUUUCAUGUUGAAGGAGAUCACGAUGAAGUGCGCCCUUGCAUACACUGACAACGAUUUCAAAGAAACCGUAGAUGCCUUUGUUGCAGGCAAAUUCAAAGGCUUCGAGACAACGAUUACCUCCCGAAUCCACCUUGACGACAUCGUACAGGCGGGUUUCGAAGAACUCAUACAGCACAAAGAUAACCAUGUCAAGAUUCUGGUAACUUCGGACCGAUCGAAGGUGUGA